AUGGUUAUAAUUCAUUUAUUUGCAAAUCAUAUUUUAACUAAAAAGUAUCAUCAUGAUAAUGAUGAAAAUGUAAAUCGUUUACGCAACGUAAUUGGUAUCUUACAACAUCAUGAUGCUGUAACUGGUACUGCUAAACAACAUGUAACUAAUGUUUAUGCAUGGCAUUUAUAUAAUGCAACAAAAUCAUUAAAUGUUAAUAAUAAUAUUGAUAAUAAUUCAUUAAAUAAAUAUCAAUUUAUAUUAAAAGAUCUUCGUAACACAUCAAAAUCACAACAAUCUUUACCUUAUCAAUUAAAUUUAAUUCAUCAAAGAACUAUUCAAAUCCCUGAACGUCAAUCUUCAAUACAUCGUUUAAGUUAUGAAGUAUUAUUCAAUACUAAAAAUAUAUUAGCAGUUGGGAAAGACAAACAUUGCAUAAGUUACGAAUAG